AUGUCGUUGCAGACCACAGUCUUGGUCAAUGGGACCUGGGCCACCAGAACAGUUGACAUUGGAGAACUCCUUUUUCGAAACCGUGAAUCAGACAGUAUCUCGGGGAGAGCAGAGAAAACUCAAACUCCUGCUACUGGAGUGUUGUCUAGAACCCUUGCUCAAGGCCCUGCUGUUCAAUGGAUACUUCCAGCGCGUCUCAGACACCAAGAUCAAAAUGAUGUUGUGUUUAUUGGAGACAAGUUCAUCCAGAUUAAGGAGCUGGUACCAAGCGGUCAUCUAGAAGAAGUGGUCACCAAAUCUGAUUUCGACUCCAGAAUUAUCGGUGCCAAAAUAAUCAACUCACAGCCAGGUCCUGGUCUAGCGGACGAAAUAAAGCAAGGAGGAAUGGCUUCAGGCCACUCUACUCAAGAAUCACUAGAUGAAGGAAAGGUUCCACCUCAUAUCUUGGUCCUAGUGCUAAGUUCAAAGGAAAUUCUUUUCAUGUUUACCAAGCCUGGACCUCGUGGCGUCCCUGAAUUCGUUUAUUCCAGGCGCCCCUUGCCAGCAGACACGAGUGCUUUAGAGGAAUAUGGAAGACACAUCGCCGUAGAGCCGCGGGCGAGAGCGAUGGCCAUUUGUGCGGCACAAAAGUUCUUUGGGGUGUUCUCCCUGAAAUCGCCUUCCACGAUUCAAGCUGAAAUGGCACAAGGGCCCGUGAAUCCUAUCAAGGAGGAGUGUUUCUUCCGUGCUGACGGUGAUAUUUUGAGAAUGGAAUUCCUUUAUCCAACCCCACCUGACAAUGAUAGAAUAAUUCUUCUAUUACUUAUAGCUCAAGGCUCCGAGUCGUUUUAUGUCACCUAUGACUGGACUUCCAUGGAAACUCUGCGAUCUGUGGAGCCAAGGGUCAAAAACCUCAAGCUUUCUAACCAUUACCGUCUGCCAACAGUUCUGAUACCCUUGAUUCACUCAACCUCUUUCAUGGUUGCAACACACUCCACCAUGUCCAUCUACAAGAAUGUCUUGAACACAGACGGGCCAACAGCGCCAUUAAACUGCCCUUUUCCAACCUUGGAAAAUCGCCCACGUUCGAGAAACCAAAUAUGGACUCACUGGGCUCGAGCCAGACGAAACCGAAUCAGAAAUGCCCAAUUUGAUGAUAUUUACCUUUGUCGAGAAGACGGCAUGGUUUUGUAUCUAGAGAUAGGUAAGUCUGGCGAUAUAGAACGCCAGUCGAACCUAGGUUCACUCGGCUGUAACCUUGAUACAGCCUUCGCAAUUCUCCCAGAAGGAUAUCAAGCUGGAGAUGUUUUGGUCACUGCCGGUAGCAUGUGCGGUGGUGGCCUGUUUAUUGAAGAUGCUCGAAAGCCGCCAAGAUGUAUACAAAGAGUCCCGAACUGGGGUCCUAUCCUAGACACUGUUGUCAUAAAGGCAAAACGCCCAACUACUGGUCCAUUGUCUAGAGACACCCAGCAAGACAUGGGAUUACCCUUUGAUCGAAUCUUCACAUGUUCUGGUGUUGGACCUGACCACGGUACAAUUUCUGAGCUGAGAUACGGGGUCGAAGCACAAAUAGGCCUCAAUAUCGAGCAUGGAGGUUGUUCAAGCACAACAGGAGUAUGGGGAAUUCCUGUUCCUAAAGGGGAGGGAACCCUGUGCCUGCUGACAGACCCUAUGACUUCCUCUUUGAUCUUUAUACCAAUAAGCGGUACUGAAGAAGCAUAUACGAUGAGCGAAGAAAGUGGUUUAGACCUUGGUCACCCAACGCUAGCGGCCAGCAUCACACCAGACGGUAUUGUGAUGCAAGUCACUGAUGCGUCCAUACGGUUGAGCCAUGUUGUUUUUCAGCAACGAUCUUCUAUAACAUGGGUUAACCCAAAUGACCGAGCCGUCACGGCCUUCACCAGCGGGCCUCUGUCUCUUGUCGUCGUAGCUAUAAGAAACGGUAGCGAUGUUCGUGUGGAACUCCGACGCGUCAGUUCUGACGAAAACGGAUGCACUUGCACCCCUGUUGGGCCUCCUCUUGCUCUUGACCAGGAACCAAUUUGCUUUGAUAUUGAAGAGCUUGGCGGCAAACUAUAUCUCUUUAUUGGGACAAGCGAAGGGAAACUCCUGAUUAUAACAAUAAAUGGCCUGGAAGGCUUGAUCCCCCACCUUGAACAUGGGAUAUUGAUGGGCAAAGAUGACCUCGAUUCCCCAGUGUUUGAAUCUCUAAAAUUCAUAUCUACUGUUGACGAGGGGAAAAGGCGGGUAGCUCUGUUUUGUGGCCUUCGGAGUGGACAUUUGAUUCCCUUCAGAAUCACACAAGCUGAUACUUCAUUUGAAAUGCACCAACUGCCUCCUCAUAAGCUAGGCGAAACCUCAGUUCGAAUUGGAGGCUACGAAUCUGACAAAACCUUGGCUGUCGUAUCGUGCGGUCCAGGCCUAUGGAGGGUAUCACAUAGUCCAAUUGAGACGUCGUUACAUUAUUCGCUGGAGAAAGUUUGGAUCACCGAUCAAAGCAAGCCCGAAAAGAUGCAGCCCGUUGUUGAUAUAUUCAACUGCGUUGAUUUCCCCGCACAUGCCCCAGCCACGGGCCUAAGUGGCUCCUUGUUAUGUAUUACCGACAAUACUCUCUUUGCUUGUAGCCUGGAGAAAGUAGCAAAGGCCGUGCCCCGCGAGAUACGAGUCCGUGGAAACCCUAAAAGGCUUGUGUAUUCCGAAUAUCUAAACAAGUUAAUUGUGGCUUAUAAUAGGGUGGAUUUCGACUUCACUCCGUCGACAGAGGGAACAAAGCGCUGGAUAUGGCCCAAGAUUGGGUUUCUAGAUCCAGACGGAGAGACACUUAUCUCAGCCCCCAUCGAUUUGAGGGCUAGUGGCAACGAAUCAUCUACUCCCACUGUGCUCACCCGCCAACCUGUUGGGGCAUCGGGUGAAAAGGUGACAGCGUUGGUAGACUGGAAAUUCUACGGCGAAGGUAAUGAGUACCAUAUGAUUGUUGUAGGGACCUCAUUUCCACAGGCCGAGUACAAAUCAGGGAGAGAUGUCUCUAUUGAAUACAGAGGAAGAGUUGUUUACAUUACAGUUCGCCAGAGCCCACCAGGUAUCGGGAACAUUGAUUGCAUGACCAAACGCAUCCAUACGUACAACCAACCAGUCCGAACAAUAACCCCGUUCGGACCGAGUUCCCUAAUCGUGGCCUCUGGGGACGAUCUUUUAAUGCAGACGCUGGAUCCGUCCACUCGAAAGUGGCGGACCCUGGAACCUCACCAUCUUGAAUCCCAUGCAGUUUCAAUCACCGUUAGGGAGCCAUUGAUAUACGUUCUAACUGCCCGUCACUCACUAAUAGUCCUUCGAGCGACUCAAGAGGGCCUGCUAUUGCAUGCCCAAGCAGGCGUCGAUAAGGGGGGACUUGACCACGUGAAUCUUGACGGAGAACUCAAGACUAUAUUCACAGCUAAUCGGGGAGGAGCAAUAAUUGGUCUCAGGGAGUUUGGGCUGAAAGAUGACAGGUUGGUUCGGCCUGUGUUUUCAGCAAUCACCCCAUCCGCAGUUGUGCGAGUAUGUCGAAGUUUCCGUCCCCACUCUGGCGGCUGCGAGAUGGUUUACGGUACGACACUGGAUGGCACUCUGUAUAGAUUCCAAAUGCUCACAGAGAACGAAUGGCGCAUCCUUCGAUUUAUUCAAUAUUCCUGUCUCGCGGACACCAAUAUCUGUCCUUUCCGCCGCAGACGUCGAACGGCCGUGGAUGAGUUAUGCCCUAUGCCAGAGAAGCCUGAAUACAUGCAUAUCGAUGGGGACAUUCUUGCCCGUCUUAUCAACCGCGGAGCUAGAUAUCUUGAGCAUAUGAUGCGGAGAACCACCCCGGACAAUGCUCCGCCUGCAUAUGCUGAGAAGAAGCUGGAAAGAUUCAUCGAAUUUGCCAGGUUGGUUGUGGGUGAGACAAAAGAUCCAUUUACAGAUGUCCUCAUGUGGAUGGAGAAUAUCCUCCGGGUUGAAAUCUAA